CAAAUACAUCUUAACGUAAUGGCGGUUAAGCCGGAACUCAAUUUACAUACGCUGGUCGAUCUUACAGAAGAAUAAAAACCGAUUUAUGAUGGCCGUAACCGUUAACUUAGUUGUCAUCCAUAAGAAAUGGACCAAUCGCAGUUGACUAUUCUUGUAAUAAUCGACUGCAAUUGGUCAAUUUCUUAUGGAUUACAGUUAACGAUUACGGCUAUCAUAAAUUGGUCUUAAGAGAGCAGGAAUAAAGAAACUUAAAAAACGAUAACUUAAACUCACCAAAGAAUAUCAAAUUUAGUUAUAAUGUAGAGACUUAUAAGAAAGAGUCAUGACUCACUCAAAGAAACAUAACUGGUGUGUGCCAUCAUUCGACUGUAAUGACUCCACAAAUAAACCUUCAGUGAAGCGUACUAGUUCAAUAGCACUAAAUAAUGAUACAUUGGAUAGAUCACUUACACAAAAUAAACCCCAGCGAAGAAAGCAUGAGACUAGUUUGUCGAAGCUGCUAGAAGCAUGUGAACCGCAGAAACUCUCCGAAUUGGCAAUCAGCAAGCUAAAGCAGAAUGAAAUCUCCAACUGGCUUCAGAACAGAGCUUCAAAGGGACGGCCUUCCAUAUUGGUCCUUUCUGGUCCUUCUGGUUGCGGCAAAACUGCAGCCAUAAAGCUGCUCGCUCAUGAAUACAAAUUCGAUGUUAUCGAGUGGAUUACUCCAAUUGAUCCAGCUGAGGAUGAAAACAAACGCAUAAUGCGACAAGGAGACCGAUUUGAAGAUCACUUAAUCCGCGCGACGCGAUACCACACAGUAUUCGGCACUUGUUCGAAGCAGUUACUUCUCGUCAAGGACCUUCCCAACGUUUAUCAAGAGAACCACAAAGAUUUCUUUUCACUUCUGGAAAAAUAUUUCCAGGUAGGAAGAGAGCCUGUGGUAUUUGUGUGCACAGAGACUGGUAACUCAAGACUGUUGCAGACCUUAUUCGCUCCAACUGUAAGAGAAAAAUACGGUAUCGAUCUCAUCAACGUGAACGCGGCCACGCAGACGGCGAUGAAGAACGUGUUGAAGCGCGUGUCGAACGUCUUGAAUUCCAUCGCUGGCGACAUGCUGCAUGUCUCUCAACAGCACAUCAAUGAGACGUUAUCCAACAACAUUGGCGACGUGCGCAGUGCCAUGUUAAAUAUCAUUUUUCUUUCUCUCAGAGUGCCUGAACGGCGGUCGAAGAACGAGUGCGGCGUGCGGGAGGAAACCUUAGGUCUAUUGCAUGGCGUCGGAAGAGUCAUUAAUCCUAAAAGGGAUCCAGACAAUAAAUCCUGUAGGUUCGUGCAUGAUCCCGAAGAAGUAGCCGGUUUCUUCCAGUCACAGGCGGUGGUGUUUGCCAAGUUCCUCCAAGAAAAUUAUCUGAAUACUAUAAGAACUAUAGAGGAAGCCACAACGGCGUCUGAUAUCUUGAGCUUAACUGAUGUUCUGAAUUCCGAAUGGCGGGAUCGUAAUUUGAGUAAAGUUGCGCUAUCUUAUUGUAUUCGCGGCUUGAUGUUAGCCAAUGAGAAGCCAGUGUCAGGUUGGAAUCCCGUGAAAAAGCCGCGAGACGAUCAGAGUAAUAUACGACGAUGCCUGGCGACCGCAGAAAUACGAUGGUACGAGUCAAUAAUCAAGCCCGUUUUGAAGGAAACAAACGAAGUAUUUGACGACGACGUCGAAAUAUUUAUUGAAGAUGAUUAGAAACGGAAGCCAGCUGUAUUGGAGAAGUAUUUCGCGUUAGCCUCGUUCACCUUCUUUUCCGCAGCCUGUGGGUUGACGAUUUCAAGACCCUAUAAACACCCAUAGUCAUUAAUAAAAACGAAAUAAACGUGUUAUUUUUAUACAUUA